AGACAGACACGAGACGGGAGCCCCACGGUGCCCUUCCUCCGCCACGUGGUAGUCCCCGCGGCCGCCGCCAGAGGUCCCCGCGAGGAAGCCGAACGUAAACACGCGGUGCGCAGUUCCAUCUCCCAGGCAUUAAAGUUCCUGUUUACUUCGUAGCCAAGGAAAUACAGAGACACUGCCAACAUGGGGGUUCGUCAGAGGAAGAAAAUGCGAAAGCAGUUCAGAUAUGAAACCAAUCGUAAACGGGAAUUCAACAAAGGAAAAAAGACCAAAAUAGAUAUUGAGGUGAUAAGGAAGGUUUGGGACAAAUCAAAAUCAACGCACACAAACAUGGCACAGUUGGGGCUGGAAUACAAGCUCAACAAAAUAAUGCCACCAAAUGAAAUGGAAACAGAUGUACAGAAGAAGGACAUCGUGGAUGAAGGAAAACAGAAAGCUGUGGUGGAAACCUUGGAGAGCCAAGUGAAGAAUCAGGUAGCCAAGACGAAGCUACCUCCCCGACUCACACAUUCACAGCGUAGCUACAUUAGGUACAUGAUGCAAAGGCAUGGAACUAACUACUAU